AUGGACAAGGACGAAGCAUUCUAUCCACUACGCGGUGAAACAUACAAAGAGAGUCGUAUGACUAAUAUCAUUCUAUGGGUACCUGGGCUUGUAUGGUUUUAUUAUCUUAUUUGUGGCUAUUCGCCACGAUUUGUCAGUCAUUUUAAUCCGAUAACACUUAUUGAGCGCCAUACGACACAACCAUCAUUUUUAACUGAACGAGACUUUAAAGAUGGAACUCUUGAAUGCAAAAAGGUCACCAAUAAACCAGCAGUUUAUGCAGUAACCAUAUGCAUAUCUGACUGGCUUUAUGCUUCCAUGAAGGCAGAUCCAGAACUUUGCAAUUUACAAGUUUUGAAAACUGCUUGGUUCGAUGACAUGGGAUUAGUUCAUCUUCGGGGCAAAAUUGGUGAAACCAACGGCUUUCAACGUCGUGUUCGGAAGUACAAUAGUAAUGAUGAAUCGAGUGGACUAGGGCCGGUAUUUUGCUACUUAAGAAAAGAAGCAAAGGAAUCGAAGGCUGAAUUCACCGAUUGGGUGAAAGUAUGGCCAAUUUUAUCUGGUGAAUGUCUACAGGAUAACGAAGAACGUAUUAAAAUGGAGACACGGUGCUCAUUUUUACUUGGAAGAGACGGUAACAGUGGUUACAAUUGCCUAUGA